AUGACGACUAAUACACUCAAUGGCUCCUCUUUGCGACGAAAUCCUUUCAGUAGAGGCUCGCUGUCGCCCUCUUCGAUGCCUUCUCCGCAGGCUUCGGUGGCCGCCCGGCCUAAAUCGAUGAUACUCAACUCUCCUCCCACCCAGAGUACUGGCCAUUCAAGAAACCAAUCUUUUUCUCCUUCGGGAUCUUCGCCUUCUAUAUCACUACACCGGCGUCCAUACACUACAACAAGCCGAAAUAGCUCAACGAGCACAUUUGCACCGCAGUUCAUUAAAACAGAAUCCAUGAAGCAGGGAAGCGAAAAAGUGGACGGUAUUGAGGGCGAGAACGACUUUUCUGGGAAGCGAUAUGUGUGGUUAGGGGACCCCGAGACAGCCUUUAUCCGAGGCUGGGUGGCAGCCGACCUUGAAAAUGGGAAUUUCAUGGUUCAUUGCGAUGACGGAAGCCAACGAGAAGCAAGCCCGGAUGCCGUCGACAAAGUCAACCCUGCCAAAUUCGACAAAGCGAAUGAUAUGGCCGAAUUGACACAUCUCAACGAAGCUUCGGUUGUCCACAACCUACAUAUGCGCUAUCAAUCCGAUCUCAUCUAUACCUAUUCAGGGCUUUUUCUGGUGACGGUGAAUCCUUAUUGCCCUUUGCCGAUAUAUAGUAAUGAAUAUGUCAAAAUGUACAAAGGUCAGAGCAGAGAGGAUACACGACCCCAUAUCUUUGCCAUGGCAGAUCAGGCUUUCCGGAAUCUUGUUGAAGAAGGCAUGGACCAGAGCAUUCUGGUGACGGGAGAGUCGGGUGCCGGCAAGACAGAGAACACGAAAAAGGUCAUCCAGUACUUGACCGCAGUGGCAACCACAGACACACCAAGGGCCAGCCGAUCACCGACCAAACAAUUCUCAAAUCUGUCCCAGCAGAUCCUACGUGCUAAUCCUAUCCUUGAAGCUUUUGGCAAUGCCCAAACGGUGCGUAACAACAAUUCUUCUCGGUUCGGAAAAUUCAUCCGCAUCGAAUUCAGCCGUUCGGGCCAGGUAGCAGGAGCAUUCAUUGACUGGUACCUGCUGGAGAAGUCGCGAGUAGUCAAGUUGAACUCUCAAGAGCGAACUUACCAUGUCUUCUACCAGCUUCUGCAGGGUGCAGACCACAGGAUGAAGGACAAAUUCCUCUUGUCUGGCAUGAACGUAGAAGAUUUUGCAUACACCCGAGCUGGAAAUGACACAAUAUCCGGGGUCUCUGACAAAGAAGAAUGGAGCAGUCUUAUCGAAGCUUUCCACAUCAUGGACUUCUCGGAGCAAGAUCAGACAGCCAUUCUAAAGACCAUAGCUGCGGUCUUGCAUCUUGGUAACAUCACAGUAACGAAGGAAAGCACUAGAGCCGAUCAAGCAUCUCUAACUGCAGAAGCCUAUGAGGCUGUGGACAAAGCCUGCAAAUUGUUAGGAGUACAGUCGGAGCCCUUCGUACAGGGUCUGCUCCAUCCGAGAGUCAAAGCCGGCCGCGAAUGGGUCGAAAAGGUGCAGACCCCAGAACAGGUCCGGCUGGCCGUCGACGCACUAUCAAAGGGUCUAUAUGAGCGUGGUUUUGGUGACCUGGUCACCAAACUCAAUCGGCAGCUCGAUCGUGGCGGCAUGAGCGGAGAUGACACAAAAUUUAUCGGUGUUCUUGAUAUUGCCGGUUUCGAGAUCUUCGAGGACAACAGCUUUGAACAGCUCUGCAUUAAUUACACAAACGAGAAGCUGCAGCAAUUUUUCAAUCACCAUAUGUUCGUCCUGGAGCAGGAAGAAUAUGCCCGAGAACAAAUCCAAUGGCAGUUUAUUGACUUUGGGAAAGAUUUACAGCCAACGAUCGAUCUGAUAGAAUUGCCGAAUCCGAUAGGUAUUUUCUCUUGCCUUGAUGAGGACUCCGUCAUGCCGAAAGCCACAGAUAGAUCAUUCACCGAGAAACUCCACUCCCUAUGGGAGAAGAAGACCCCCAAGUACAAGCCAUCACGACUAACACAAGGUUUCAUCCUAACACAUUACGCUGCUGAGGUAGAAUAUUCGACUGAUGGAUGGCUCGACAAGAACAAAGACCCCCUCAACGACAACCUGACGAGGCUACUGGCUGCGUCGACGGACAAACAUGUCGCCAAAUUGUUCUCGGACUGUGGAGAAGAAGUCGAUGACAUCAGUAGUCCACGAAGCCGUGUCAAGAAAGGUCUAUUCCGUACCGUGGCGCAAAGGCACAAAGAGCAGUUGUCAAGCCUCAUGGCUCAAUUGCAUCAGACACACCCUCAUUUCGUGCGCUGUAUACUCCCGAAUCACAAGAAGCGGCCGAAGCAAUUCAAUGCACCUCUCGUCUUGGAUCAGCUCCGCUGUAACGGUGUGCUUGAAGGGAUCCGUAUUGCACGAACUGGCUUCCCUAACCGUCUCCCUUUCGCUGAGUUUCGAUCUCGCUACGAGCUGCUCUGUCGCAAUAUGCCCCGAGGAUAUCUGGAGGGACAGAAGGCGGCCUCGAUCAUGCUUGACAGACUUGGAGUGGACAAGGCAGUCUACCGCGUUGGCCUGACGAAAGUCUUCUUCCGUGCAGGUGUGCUAGCAGAGCUGGAAGAACAGCGAGAUACGCUCAUCCGAGAGAUCAUGUCACGCUUUCAAUCCAUUGCAAGAGGCUUCACGCAGAGGCGAAUCGCAUACAAACGUCUUCACCGUGCUGAAGCCGCUCGGAUCAUACAGCGAAAUCUCAAUGUAUACCUUGAUCUUCAGGCGAACCCUUGGUGGAGGCUGUUUAUGAAGAUGAAGCCUCUGUUAGGCGCAACCCGUACUGCAGGCGAGGUGAAAAAGCGGGACGAGAAGAUCCAACAACUGGAAGGCAAAAUGCAGCAGAAUCUUGCUGAAAAACAACGACUAGAGGAGGAGCGCCGUCGAGCUGAUAUCGAGGUCCAACGUGUCCAGCAAACCCUGGAGAGUGAACGUGCCCUUGCGCUCGAUAAGGAAGAGAUCUUCAAACGACUUCAGAACAGGGAGGCGGAGCUCAACGAGAAGUUGGCUGAUGCUAUUGCUGAUCAGGAGACCUUGGAGGACCAGCUAGAUGACAUGAUGGAGGCCAAAAGAAAGGCGGAAGAAGAGCUUGACCUGAGAAGGACGCAGCUUGAGCAAGCUGGCCACAUCAUAACACGUCUUGAGACUGAGAAGAAAGACCUGCAGCAGGAGAUAGAGGAGCUUGACAGCCAGCUGGACGAAGUUGCGAAGAACCACACCGCCGAGGAUGGAAGAAUCGAAGCUCUUGAUCAGGAAAUCCGCAUGCUAACCAGCCAACUGAGUCUGAAAGACCGCAAGCUCCAGGAGCUGGAGGCGAAACUACUCAAAACAGAUCAGGAUCUCGACGUCAAGCUGGCCAACACCACGAAAGACCUCAACGUCUCAAAGAAGCAAGUGAAAGACCUACUCGAAGAGAACGGUUCCAUCCGUCAGCAGCUCUCGGAGCUUUCUUCAACUUCAACAGGCUACGAAGACCUUGUGCGGCGGAAAGAGUGUGAGCUUGCAACGUUGCGCAGUGACCUCAAGCGCAACGAGUCGGAGAAGAGGUCAAUUGAUACCGAACGUAACUCCCUCGCAGCUAGACACGACUCGAUGCAAUCACGUCUUCGUGAGGUACAGGCAGAAAUGGAUGCCAUGAAAUCGCAAAAAGCAAAUCUCGAGCGGGAAGCAUUGGACGCAAAGGUGCUUCUCGAGAGAAGGAUCUCGCAAGACAUCGAAUCUGGUGAAAGCCGCAAAAUGUUAGACAAGCAGAUCGCAGAUCUCAAGAGUGAACUAUUUGAGGUACAGGCUGAGCUGAGUAGAGAGAGGCAAUCUCGGGAUGAUGUUCAGAUGCUUUUAGAUCACAAGUUGACGGAGCUGAAAGACCAAUACGAAGAUCUCAAUGAGUCCAAGAUUAUCAUUGAGAAGGAGAUGUAUGUUCAGCAGGACACCCUGAGGCGGGCCACGGAAGCGAGGGCUAUGGCUGAACAAAAUCAGAAGGAGCUGCAGUCUGAACUGAUCAAGCUGAGGGAGCGAUUCCUGAAUGCUGAGAAUGCUCGAGCGGAGGCUGACAACGAGCGGGCUCUUUGGAAGCAGAGCCAAGAGCGGCAAGCCGCGCUCGAGCGGGAUCUCGAAAUGAGAGCCAAGCAGGCUGAGGAGAUGGAGGCAGAGAACUCAAGGCUGUCAGUCGAGGUACAGCGGCUUAAGACGGCUAUGAUGGAAUCCGACAAUUUCAGGAUCCAUCACGAUCAGCACAAGGAGCGGCUCGAGCGAGAAUUGGUGACAGUCAAAGGUCGCUUGACAGCAUCGGAGAACGAUAAUAAAGCGCUCUUAAACAAGAUACAGCAGAAGGAUCUCGACAUUGCACGGACCAAUUCAAGGGUGGGCGACAGACAAAAAGUCCGAUUGACACAACUGCAAAGUGAAAAGAGCAAGCUUGAAGAAGAAAACAAGAAGCUUUCCCGGCAGGUCAACGAUGCCACGCUGUCAAUCACGUCUCUUGAAAAGCAGAAAGAGAGGCUUGCCCUCAGUCUCGAAGACCUGAAUCACCACAUCGCAAGAGAGCACAUGACGAGCCGAUCCGCUGAGCAAGCUUUUUCCGCUAUCAACAUGCAACUUGCCAAGGUAAAUCGUGACCUCGAAUCCGAGCAACAACACCUUUCUGCGUGA